AUGCAUAUCUGCUGGCGCAUCAGGCGCCAAGCCAUCCACCCGACCAAGAAGCUGCUCAUCGGGCCGUACCUUAUCAACCCGAACAUCCUCGUGACAAUGGCCAAGGAGGGCGAGGUGGACAUUACGGCCAGCGACCUCGAUUACGCCGACAAGCAGAACCAGUCGGCAACAAUGAAGCUGUCAGACCACCACGUAGACCCCAAGACCAGGAAGGUCGUCGCGGUGGACUCGAUACGGGCGGCUAUCGCGUCGCGCUGCAAACGGAGCCCUGCGGGUGGAGUGGGCUCCACCGCUGAUGGGACCUAUUACGGCACGUAUCUCUUUCAUUCCUUCUUCCACAUGUUCACUGGCGUCUUCUACACGGACGUGACGCCCCGCGAGGCUAUCAGGAAGGCCGCGUUUGUGCUGGGUUUCUUGGGCCACUGGGAGACCAGCCUUCACAAGACCAGCAAGACUUCACGCGCGCACGACAUCAGGGCCCACCUCAAGGCCCACUUCCUGACUAACGAGACACGGCAGGACAUCAUCAUCGCAUGCAACAACGUCAUCCUCGCGGCCGUGUACAUGCGGGAGUACUGCCUGGAGCGCAAGGUAAUGGUGAGGAUCUGCUUUGGCCAGCUGGGUAGUCGCCCCGCCGAGCACACCUUCCAGUCCCUUCGGUGCGCGGACAAGACAUCCUGCGUGUUCGGGAUGUUGAGAGCAGAGGAGCUCCUGCGCAACGUCCCCGUACAGCAGUCAACAGAGGCCGCGUCAGAGCUGGUUGUGCCCGACGCGAAACGUGGAGCUUCACGUGGGAAGGCCAGGGCAUUCGUCCCAGAAGCCGUGGGGGAGCCCGCAGUCGCGGCCAUCCGUGCUUACUACCCCGACGACAACAGUGUCACUGCCGCAAUCAACGCGGGACUCGAGGAGGUCCAAGCGCUCCUGACAAUGGACAUCGGUGAGAUGGCGGGGACCGUCCGCCCGGAUAGCGUAUGGAGCAUCGCCACCAAACCCGUCACCGGAGUCAAGCUGGGACAGGACCACAUGCACCUGCUGGGGACCGUUUCCGUCACCGGUGAAGGCGGCCAGCCAGCCAGGCGGGGGGGCCCUGCAUGUUCCGAUGACCUGCCUGAGGAGAUCGAGUACAGCGGAGAUGGCGAGGAUGACGAGAGUGAUGACGAAGUGGGGCCCAGAGCAGCCAGCGACACCAUGAACACACGGGAUGAGGCCGCGGGUCGCGCUGGCGGUGAGAGCGGCGAGGUGGCUGGCGAGGGUCCCGUGGUCGGCGAAGGAACCGUGGGCGGUGAGGAACCCGCGGGCGGCGAGGAACCCGCGGGCGGUGAAGAACCCGCGGGCGGCGAGGAACAUGCGGGUGUUGAGGAACCUGUGGGCGGUGAGGAACCUGCAGGCGGCGAGGAGGCGCGCGAUGACGACCAGUCUGACUCCGACGGAGGAGAGCGUGGACGCCUGCUGAAGCGGCCGCGUGAUGGCACCCGGGGCACCCUCAUCGGGGCACCCUCGGGGCACCCUCAUCUAGUUACCCUAGUCAACUUCUCAGUGGAUCGCCUAGGUUCUGCACCCACCACCGACAUCCAACGGAAUCUGCCGCGGAUCGACGGCGGCUCAUUCCAUUCCUGGUCAGCUCACGGCGACUAUGUGGCCGUGCUGGAGGAGGUGGAGGGCCGCGCAGUAGUGCGUGUGGCCCUGGUGGAGGGGCUGCUCUGCCCCCAGGGGCGUGGCAGGGGUGCAGCCCGUUCUCGCCUGUCUACCACCAGGCGGCUUGACAUCGGUAACCCAGAUGGCAGGUUGCUGCUCCGCCUUCUACACCCUUCGCAAACCGGCGCAAGCGGACAAUACUUCCUACCACACGCGGUCGACCGGGACCCGAACGAGCUGUGGGAGACCAAGUCCAUCGUCCAAAUCGUGUGCAUGACCCCUGGCCCGGACGCCAUCCUAGGCGGCAACUACAACCUGGACCAACAGGACACGCAGGCGCUGCGUGCGUACUGCACCGCCAACCAGUGCACCCUCGACGAUGGAGAGGGGGAUGAACCGAGGAGGCGGCGUGGAAAGGGCAGGGCGGCGCCUAAGCCCGAGGGGCUCCGCCAGCGGAAGCUACAACGGGACAUGGACCCAGACACUUUGGCGGACUUGAACAGUGUGCUGGAAAGGCCCAUGCCGGCUACUGCCUCGUUCGAUGCAACGUCGCCGUUUGUACGUGAGAGUGGCGGGGCGCUGACGGCAUGCAUGGCAGGCUACAUGGGUUGGGGCAACAACGCGCCCCCUCGCAGCAUGAUCUAG